GGCGCCGCACCCACUCCCAAGAUGGCGGCGGGCAGCCGGUGGCUCCGCGGCUGCUGCUCCCUCCUCAGACACAGCCUCCCUGUGCUGGCCGGGCCUGGCAGGCGCUGCCUGGCUGGGCUGAGCAGAGCUGGGCAGCGAGUGGCCGGCGUGGGGCUGGGAGUGGCCUUGUGUGCAGUCCCUGUGGCUGAGAAAGAGAGCUCAGCUUCUCUCAGUAACGAGGCCUUGAUUAAAAGAGCAGUUUCCCUCGUAACAGACAGUACUUCUACCCUGCUCUCCCAAACAACAUACGCCUUGAUUGAAGCACUGACAGAAUACACAAAGGCAGUUUAUACACUGGUGUCUCUCUACAAGCAAUAUGCCAAUCUUCUUGGGAAACUGAACUCGGAAGAGGUGGAUGCAAUCUGGCAGGUGGUGAUAGGAGCCAGAGUCGAUAUGACAACAAAACAGCAGGAGUACCUGAGGCUGGAGUCCAGCUGGAUGACGGCCGUGCGGCUUUCAGAGAUGGCCGCAGAAGCUGCCUAUCAGUCAGGUGCAGACCAGGCCUCAGUGACAGCUCGCAGCCACAUCCAGCUGGUGAAGUCCCAGGUGCAGGAGGUGCGGCAGCUCUCCCAGAAAGCAGAGACCAAAUUGGCAGAAGCUCAGACAGAAGAGCUCAUCAAAGCUCAAGGAGAGGACCCCUCAUUGUCACAGGGUGUUUUAGGAAGCCCAGAGGCAGCUGAGGACCCAUAUCUACGGGAGGACUGAGAAGAACCUCAGUGUCACCACAGAACACACGGGAGCUGAUCACUUGAAGGGUGAUCAAGCAUGGGAUAGUGGGAUAGUGCUGAAAUAAGCCUGUGGUUCCAUUUCUUUUCCCCCAAACAGGGUUGCUUUAUGAAUCAGGUCGAUUCCAGAAAGGCCUUGAUGUUGUUUAUAACUUAUCAUGUUUGUAAUACCUAAGGAUCCAAUUAUUUAACUAUGCAAAUGUGAAAGUGGCUGUCAGGGAUAGCUUGUUGUUAAUUGUGUCGCUGCUGGGAGGGUCCUGCUGCUCCUGGGACAUGUUUGUGAGAGCUCUAACUUAGAGACCAGGCAUCAGCCAAAGAAGUGUAGUUAAAAGUCACUGUUUUUAAACCUGUGAAGUAAAUGAUGUCUGUUAGGAGACACCUUUAUUAAACUGUGCAAAAAGCAUCUGUUGUGGGUGUCCCCAUUCAGGUAAGAGAUUAGGGACUGUUUUGUGUUGAACUUCAAAGUUUGUCCCAGCCCCGAGUCUGUCAGCUGCACCAAGUGACACUUCACUGCCAUCAGGAGAAUCAGGUUUUGCAGUUCCCUACAGUCAUUUCUUGCACUUAAGAGUCACCCCUUGCAAUGCACCUGCCUUCCCCAGGAAGCAAAGGGAGAUUUGAUUGUCAAGAUACUGUGGUUACAAACAAAGUUGUGCAGCAGCUGCUCCCCCCACCUUUACAAAGAAGUGAGCAAAAGUGAGGUUUACAUUUAGG